GACGCUACAAAAGGUUACCAAAGAACUGCAGUUAUUAUUCAUGAGCCACAACAGCGCCAUACUAUGCUUCGUUAUUUUGCAAACAGGGAAUGCUAGUUGCUCCUCUAAAGGAGCCUUUCCUUAAACAACCUCUUAUGCUUUUAUCGCAAAGAGAGUUCUGUCUAGGUUAUGGCUUUAUUUGUUUUUAACUCUGAAUCAAAGAUGAACUCUUUUUCGUCCACGAUGUUACGUUUUAUUCUCAUCUGCGUCACUUUGCAUUGUAGCAAUCUGGUCGCGGCAAUAUCGUAUCCCAGACCAAAUAUUGUUUUAAUCCUCACUGAUGAUUUAGAUGUCUCUAUCGGUGGAAUGAUCCCUUUGUCUAAGACGAAAAAGCUGAUAGGUGAUGCUGGGAUAACGUUUACAAACACUUUUGUUGCCAGUCCACUUUGCUGCCCCAGCAGGGCGAGCAUCCUGACGGGCAAGUAUCCUCACAACCAUCAUGUUGUGAACAACACACUGGAGGGUAACUGCAGCAGCGUGGCAUGGCAGAAAACCCAAGAGCCCAUCACAUUCCCAGCCUUUUUGCAGAAGCAUGGGACCUAUCAGACGUUCUUUGCUGGGAAAUAUCUCAAUGAGUAUGGCAACAAAAAAGCUGGAGGAGUGGAGCAUGUGCCACCAGGCUGGGAUCAGUGGUUUGCACUGGAGAGAAACUCAAAAUACUACAACUACACGCUGUCUGUAAACGGCAGGCCGCAGCGACAUGGACAAAACUACAGUGAGGAUUACCUUACAGAUGUUCUGGCCAAUAUUUCUAUAGACUUCCUGGAAAACAAAUCCAACCGCAGGCCUUUCUUCAUGAUGGUUUCCACCCCAGCUCCACACUCACCCUGGAUGGCUGCUCCUCAGUAUGAAAGCAGUUUUUCCAAUGUUAAAGCUCCACGAGACCCUAACUUUAACAUUCAUGGCAAGGACAAGCAUUGGCUCAUCAGACAAGCAAAGACUCCCAUGACAAACUCUUCCAUUGAAUUCUCGGAUAAUGCCUACAGAAAAAGGUGGCGGACUUUGCUCUCUGUUGAUGACCUGGUGGAGAAGGUGGUGAGGAAGCUGGAUAUCAGGGGAGAGCUCAGCAACACUUAUAUCAUUUUCACUUCUGACAACGGAUACCACACAGGCCAGUUUUCACUUCCCAUGGAUAAGAGGCAACUCUACGAGUUUGACAUCAGAGUUCCUCUUCUGGUGCGAGGGCCUAACAUCAAACCCAACCAGACAUGCUCGUUACUUGUAGCCAAUGUGGAUUUGGGUCCUACAAUUCUGGACAUAGCGGGAUAUAACGUCAAUGAAACUCAGAUGGACGGCAUGUCUUUUUUUCCUAUAAUGACUGGUACAGGAAACAGCAGCACUUGGAGAUCUGAUGUUCUUGUGGAAUAUGAGGGAGAAGGUAGCAACAUCUCAGAUCCAACCUGCCCUUCACUUGGCCCCGGGGUGUCGCAGUGUUUCCCUGACUGUGUAUGUGAAGACUCGUACAACAACACGUAUGCCUGUGUGCGCACAGUGUCACAGGCUGCUAACUUGCAGUACUGUGAAUUUGACGACAAUGAGGUGUUUGUAGAGGUGUACAACCUGACGGCAGACCCUUUUCAGCUGAGUAACAUUGCUAAGAGCAUCGAUCAGGAGGUCUUGGAGAAGAUGAACCAUCGGUUAAUGAUGUUGCAGUCGUGCUCUGCACAGACCUGCAGAACGCCUGGCGUUUACGAUUCACAGUUUAAGUUUGAUCCUCGAUUAAUGUUCGGUAGCCUUAACCCUCACAGAAACAAACUGCGACAGACGCUGAAGUAGAACAUAAGGAGGCUAGAAGAGGAAAAAUGAGAUGAGAAGACUGAGAAACAUGUCCUGUUGUUGCCUUGAUUUUCUGACACGUCCCAUCUGUCCUCCUCUGAUGAUGUCAUCAAGGUGUGCCAAGGGUCCUAUGCAACCUUCUGACAACUGUUACAUGUGAUCCACAAAAAAUGACAGUCGAAACAUACUGUAUAUGUGAGAGUAUUAACAACAUAUUCCUUCUGUUCGUUCAUUUUUGCUGCUUUCAAAUUAACAAUGACACAGUUUAAGAACGUUUCAAACAGUAAGCGUUGUUUAGUUUUCAUUUAAAUGCACAGUAUUAAUGUUUAGGUUGAUUUUUGCUGAAUGGUCAAUUACCAGAUAUAUAUAUAUAUAUAUAUCAACAUUUUACAGCAUUACUUAAAACUACAACUACUAGUUGAUUUGUUUUUAUUUUAUGUAAGAUUAUCACAAAGAUGUCCAGCAAAUAAAACCUCACAGUGAGGGAAAGUUUUGCACUUUCAACAAUCCAAAUCACUGAAAAGCUGCACUGGCGUUUCUAAUGUUCAACAGGCACAGACCUACUGUUCAAAACUUAUAUUUAUUUAAACUUGUAUUAUAUUUCCAAUAUUACAUUCAGUAAUGCACUUUAUGGUCAGCGACAAACACAUCAGAUGUUUAAAAACAUUUAACACUUAUUUUAUUUGUAUUGUUGUUACAGUAAGUGUGGACAUUUUUGUCUUAUUUCUUUGACUGAUAAAACCAUUCUGAGAUUAUCGUUUGUUGGUGUUGUUGCAGGGUUUUUUUCUGGGUAAAUUGCCAGCAAAAAAAUAAUAAACGAGACAAGUGGAAGGUAAACAUGACUGAGGAUUACAUGUAAUCUAACUGAAAUGCUGUCUAAUAAAAACAAAUGGUAUGUCUUUUUGUGCAAA